UCCACUUGCGGCGGCCACGUUUUCCCUCAUGGGCAGGGCGGCAGGGCAGGGCCCCUCGCUCUCCUGGAUCGCCGAGGCCUUGCGAGCUUCUCGUUCCCGCCCCUGCUCCCGCUGCUCCAUAUAAAACCGGCCCCGCGCAACCACCACGGCCGUUCAUCCAUGAGACACGGCUCCUGCGUGCAGCGAAGCCCAGGGACAUCGUCGUCGACCAUCGACCGCGCCGGAGCCAGCCUUCCCCUCGACCGCCGCGACGGCCCCGCCGAUCGCCCCGCCGCCGUGAACCGAUCGCCAAUGGCGGCCGUCCCGGCGGACAGCAUGACGCGGCGCUUCGCCGUCGCGUGCGGCGUGCUCAGCCAGUACGUCAGGGCCGGCGGCGCGCCCGCGAUGACGGCGUCGCCCUUGUUCCUGGCGCCGUCAGCCGCCGCCGCCGCCCAGCAGGAGGGCGCCAACAGCGCGGCGCAGCAGCUGACCAUCUUCUACGGCGGGAGGGUGGUGGUGCUCGACGCCUGCCCGCCCGAGAAGGCGGCCGAGCUGAUCCGCCUCGCCGCGGCCGCGCAGGGCGCGCCGGCACCGGAGGCGCCGCCGCCGCUCGUGGACAUGCCCAUCGCCAGGAAGGCCUCGCUGCGGCGCUUUCUCGCCAAGCGCAAGGACCGGUCCUCCUCCACCAGCUCCGCGCCCUACGACCGCCGCCACCUGCAGGACGAGGAGGAGCCGGAGCCGGAGCAGCAGCCGGCCGCGAAGAAGGGCAAGGUGGCGCCGACGCGUGAGGAGGCUGCUGCUGCCUCUUCCUCUUCUUCCUGGCUCGCGCUGGGCAGCCUGGAUGCCAUGCACGGGCUCUGAUCGCCGGCACGCCGUCAGUUGGAUGGGAAGAAGCUCGCUCGGCCCGCUCGGGGCCCCCUCCGCCUGGUUUCGUUGUAGCAAUUUAAUUAAUUAAUUAUACUUCUUAUAUAUUACGGUUGUGCUAAUACAACUGUGCUAGCUAGCUAUAGCCUAUAGUAUCGACCAAAUCAAGCCAGCUAUAUAUACCAUGGCAUGCGUGCUCCGAGCAGUAAGAGCAACGCCACUAUUCAUUCGUACCGUCGUAAGUUGGAGGUGUGUGUAUCGUCUAAUCUAAUCAACCAGAUGUGUGUAUGGACCUGAACAUGCUAAGAUGUUCAGCAAGUACUAGCGCGAACCUACCGUCAUUGUUCGUGCUCUAUUACUUAGCUUAUUAAUUGUGUGUUCUUCGUUUUGUGCGUGUGUGCGUGCGCCGUUAUUACAUUAUUUUUUAGAGAUCAAAUCUAUAUAUCAUGUGCUAUGAUUAUAUAAUAACAUAUGGAUUUGAUUGAAGGAAA